AUGACCAGUGAGCAGGUUCUCUCAGUUGAGGUAACAAAAAAUAAUGCUAGCUCCUUUCCUAUAGGUGUUAGAAUCUUGGUUGUGGAAAGUGAUCCUACAUGCCUCAGAAUUGUGUCAAAAAUGCUUCAGGUGUUUGGAUAUGAAGUGAAUCGUUUUAUCAGCACUAGUUAUGAUAUUGCUUUACCAUGUAGUUAUAACUCGUCUUUAGAAUUUAGAGUUGUACAAAGUAUAAGGAGGGGGGUGGGGGGUGGAUUGGGGGGAGUGUUGUUGUGUUGGCCUGGUAGAGUUUGCAAUCCUGUUCUCAGAUUCACAACUGCUACACGAGCCACUGAUGCGUUGCGCACUUUACGGGAGAAAGAAGAUGAAAUCAACCUUAUUCUGACAGAAACUCACUUGCCUGAUAUGAAUCAAUAUGAGAUCCUUGAGACGGUGGGACAAAUGUCUUCUUUGCCUAUUGUCGUUUUUUCAGCUGAUAACAAUGAGAGUGCCAUGUUAGGCUGCCUCUAUAAAGGGGCUGCACUUUAUCUUACAAAGCCAAUCACCAAGAACGAUGUAAAAAACCUUUGGCAGUUAACAUAUAGAAAGAAGAUAAAGACAACUGUAUCUAGCGAGGGAUCAAACAGCUUUCAUGUGGGUUCAUCGGAGGAGAAUGCUUCAAAUGUGACUGUAGGGACGCCAUCAUUCUUCAAUACCAUGGAGCAGAUUGACCAAAUGGGAAAAAGAAAGGAGCUAGGAGAGACGGACAACGAUGAAGAAGAUAAUGACAGUUUGACUGUUCCAAAGAAGACAAAGCUUGUUUGGACUAAUGAGCUGCAUAACAGAUUCUUGCAAGCUAUCAGGGUAUUAGGCAUUGAUGGAGCCCAUCCAAAGAAAAUACUUCAGCUCAUGAAUGUCCCAGGGCUAAAGAAAGAAAAUGUUUCAAGUCAUUUACAGAAAUAUCGUCUUUCCUUGAAGCGGGAACAAAAUGCAAUGCAGAAGACCAUGAUUAGAGAUUGCUAUCCUUCAUUGACUUUCAAUUUACUAGGAGGGUUCUCUCAAUACACAAACCCACAAUUCUUCAUGACAGCAUCUCAAUCAGAAUACGGAAACAAUUUCCAGAAUAAUCUCUGCAGUCCCAUGUCUAUGCAUUCCCUUGGUUCUGCACAUUCUCCUACUCAUGUGAACUCAAACUAUAGUGGCAUGUUGAUUCCUAACUAUGGGCACGUGGCUCCUCAAAGCAAACAGCUAUACUUUACUUACCCAAACACCAGUCAUACUGGAAUUAUGACUACUACUACUAGUGAGAACUUUGCAAGUUUUGGUCCGAAGGGAAAUCAUAUUGUAGAAGAACAUCUCAAUCAAGGAACCACAUUCUCCAAUGUUGGAACUCAUGGCCUAACAUUUCUGUGCAACUCUCAGCAGCAGCCACAGUUUCCACUGUCACUGCCUCAACCACUGCCAGAGAAGGAAAAUGAGUCUGACAUUCUCGAUAUGGCAACAGCUGAAGAUCGUGAGUUGUUGGCGAUGGCCAAAGAGUUCCUUGAAGAUCCCCAUAACGAUCUCUGCGAUGUAGCAGAAGGCAACGAAAGGGUUCAUUUUGUGCGCUAUGAAAAGGCAGCUGAUGCUCUAGAGCCCAUUCAGAAGAGGAAAGGAAGACUUGACCUUGUAGUCACAAAUGCCUAUGUCCCUCGGGUAGACUCAGAGAAGCUCCUUAAAGAACAUUCAGCAAUUCAAAACUGCCUAUUAUCUGUGCUUGUUUUUGUCACCAAUUUCAUUUAUCCUUCUUUCGCAGAAGAAUUUCAGAAACUUCGGCACUAUCUCUUAGGAAUGACAAAAGGCGUAUCAUCAAGAUCAAGUGAACUGUCACAGCAUCUUCAGGUGCCUCAGAAAGGAGGACCAGACCCACUAGAGCCAAGUGAGCAUAAGCACAUGGUUGACGAUUCCAAGCACAGGAAGUGGCAGAAUGUGCGCUGGACUAUAGAGUUGCGAGAAAAAUUGGGACAGCAGUCAAACAAGUAG